AUGCACAUCUACGCGACAAAGCACAACACCCACAUCACCCUCACUCAGCCCCCGAAAAAGGACCCCGCAAACCCUGGCAAGCAAAUCGACGUCUUGAUGUCGCUUUCUGCCGGCAACAUUGGUUUCAAGAAGGCUGGUCGUGGCAGUUAUGAUGCUGGAUACCAACUCGCUGCGUUCGUGCUCAAGCAAAUCCAAGAACGUGGUCUCAUGCGUGAUCUGCACAGUCUAGAAGUCGUGCUGCGUGGCUUCGGCAAGGGAAGAGAGGCUGUCACAAAGGCCUUGUUGGGUUCAGAGGGCUACUUGGUCAGGAAUAAGAUCAGCUCGGUCAAGGAUGCUACCAGACUCAAGUUUGGUGGUUCCAGAAGUCCCAAGCCCAGAAGAUUGGGUUGA